CGUCACAGGGUGCGGGUCGGGCAUGAGCCAGGAUGCGCGUCGUCUGCUUCUUGGUCCUUUGGGCCCUUACCUCGGCCCCGACCCGGGCCAGUUCCUCGAAGAACGACCGGGAGAACGCCCUGGAGUUCGACGAGUCGGAGGAUCUCGAGGAGGAGUUUUCCGAUGACGACACUCUGACGGAGCUCUAUGACAAGGCCGUGCAGGCGUAUCUCGAAGAGGACUGGGCACGGUGCAUCGUGAGAUUCAAUACGGCCCUGAGAAGGUAUAAGGAGUAUAAAAAGGAGAUCACGGCAUGUCGAAGAACGUGCAGAGAAACAGCCGCGGGGUCGGAGCCGAUUUUUGCCGAGGACGUCGAGGAUCUGCAUUUUUACGAGAAGAAAGUGAGGGAGACUUUGUGUCUCUUGAAGUGCAAUCGCGUUUAUCACGAGAUUAACGACCGGUCGAAAAAGAACGGUCAGCUCCCGCCACAUGUGGAGAUGAAAUUCGUCGAGCGCCGACCGUACGAGUAUCAGAAUAUAUGCUACUAUCAGCGAAAUCGGUUUCAAGAAGCGGCAAACGCGAUCUUCACCUUCCUCGUGAUACAUCCCAAACACGAGAUGAGUCUGAAGAAUCUGCGGUAUUACCUGACACUUCCGGGCGUUAAAGAUGACGACGUUUUGGAUUUGGAGGCUGCAAGUUUCGUCGAGACGUACAUCAACGGAGUAUCGGCAUACGACGAAGAGGAUUACGUAGAAGCUGUGGGACGGUUAGAGAAGUCCUUGAGGGAAUUCAUGACUGCCGAAGAAGACUGCAGGUUUUAUUGCGAGGGACCUUUCAAUCAGGGAUGGAAUUCGGAAUUCACCUCGUCGGUGGCCAAUCACUUCGCCUACUGCCUGAAGUGCAAACGCAGCUGCUCCUUGUCGUUCGGCAACAUAAACGGUGAAUUUCGCGAAAACUUCUUGCCAAGCUAUUAUCACUACUUGCAGUUUGCCUACUAUAAACUUGGAAAAUUGAAGCAAGCGUGUGCCGCAGUAGAGAGUUAUCUUCUGUUUCUUCCGGGAGAUGAGACCAUGUUACAAAAUCGAGAAUACUACUCGAAACUGCCGAAGGUUAAGGAGGAGUAUUUUAUGCCGAGAGAGGAAGCAUUGAAAUACGUAAAGCGCCAGGAGUAUGAAUUGAGGCUACUGAAUUAUAUCUCGGAGGAAUUUGUGGAGCUCGAAAAGGAACUAAAAACGUUUACCAAGAAGGAUGAGCCUGAAAAACCGGAGAUGCGCGAAGAAAAUAGUGAAAACUCACUUGGGCAGAUCCUACCAAUGCGAUCGGUCUUGCAUCCAUUUCCAGGAAUGUCUCCGUCUUCGCAACUGGACGCGUCAAAGAGUCCAUCGAUAUUCGACAUGGGUCGGGAGGAGCAUCGGACGGAAAUAAAUCAUGGCAGUCAUAAGUCAAACGAGGGGAUUCGCAUAAUAGGCAAUGAGGAACAACUGGGCGGAAAAUUGCGGUACGCCGCGGAUGGAUUCUUAAGUAGGACGGAAUGCGCCAUGCUCUUACAAUUGGCUGGAAUGGGAUCCGUGGAAGGUGACGGCUAUGACGAGAACAAAAGUCCGCACUCGCCUUACGAGAAGUUCGAAGGUUUAACUAUUGGCAGAGCUGCGCUUAUGGUUUACUACGGGAUACUGGGACCGCAGCUUUUGGAACUGUUUUUGACUGCUACGGAGGCAGUUCGACAUCACGUGGUAACUUAUUUUUACCUUAAAGAGCACCUCUACUUUACAUACACCCAUCUAGUAUGCAGAUCUGCCUUACCCGAUUCACCCCCGAAUCGGCAGGAUCUCAGCCAUGUAAUUCAUGCAGAUAAUUGUAUAGUUAAACGCGAAGGCAAUUGUUCCCGGGAAAGCCCUGCUUACGUGUGGAGAGACUAUUCGGCGAUUCUAUAUUUGAAUGAUGAUUUUCAAGGUGGAGAAUUCAUCUUUUCCAAGGAUAACACGGCUAGUGAAAUUCAGGGAGUGGUGAAACCGUCUUGUGGCAGGAUGGUAGCUUUUUCUGCAGAUGAUGAAAAUCUUCACGGGGUUCGGGGGAUUUUAAAAGGUAAAAGGUGUGCUUUGGCCUUGUGGUUUACCUUCAACAAGAAAUACCUAGAAGUCGAGAGGAUUCUUGCAAAGACCAUCCUUAAACGUGUCCAGAGUAAGGGAUCCGUUCAGGGGAAUAAAAACCUCAAAAUCCCCGAAGAGUACGAAGACCUCCUUAUCGAGUGUUUCAAAAAAGAUGAGGUCCUCGAACGGCUUCUCAAAGAAUGAACGCGGAGGCUUCGUGUCACCGAGUAUUGAUGAAGGAACAAAAUUCGCCUCGUCUUGCAAGUUAGUUCGCGGAUCGGUGCCAUCUUUAGGGGAUGGCACCGUUACAAACGUUAUGUAACGGUUAUACGUCACGUAACCGUUUUUGGUGGGCUGUUACCGUUGAAGAGGAAUUUCUCACGGACUUCCAGAGAGUAGUAGAGGGAAUCCUUACCUUGGAUUUUACAUCGAGCAACCAGGUGAUGGCCGGAUACUCUACGAGGUCUCAACCUGAAGAAACGAGAGAAGGAGCUGACGACAAGACUCGACAAUUUGUUAAUAUUCUUUUAAACGAGCUCAAAAAUGUAUGUACUUGCGGUACCUGAGGUAUGAUAAACUGU